GUUUCACUCAGCUGCACUGAGCAUGCUCAGUACUACGAGCAUCAGUAAUUGUACUACAAGUAAUAGUUUGACUACUAUGCAGUAGCAUCAGUGGUGUAUCAGUACUCUGAUGGCGGUGUGUGUCGGCGGCCUCGGCGUGACUGACAGCCACUGACGUCUCCUCCCGUGUGAGAGCAGUAAUCACAGUUUAGGACGCCUUCAUGUUAAAAUAUCUCCGUUUACCUCUGAAGUGGAGAUUGAAACCUCACUCAGACGCUCGCCGCCGUUUCAAAGCGGUGAUUUGGGUAAAUGACUAUAAUUAAUCCUCCGCCGCCGCGGUUUGAGGCCCCGCGGGGCCGGGCGUGCCGUUUGAUUGACAGCUCUAUUUUUAAGCCUUCCUGCUGACAACAGGACGUGGAGCGGGAGGGGACGGGGACGUUUGAUGGAUGAUGGACAGUUUGUCCUCAUUUCCUCUUCCUCCUGCCAUCAAGUCCUGAGCGCGGCGCCCGUCCCCACCUGACGGCACUGAUUGGAGGAAAGUUUCUCCUUGAGAAUCUGGACCAGGUCCUGGAGCUGAGCGGAAGUUACUGAAACCAUGACGGCAGAGCCACGAGGAUGCUGCGAGCGGUGGAGGCGGUCUGCUGUGGCCGACCCCGAAGGAAAGAAUCAAAUCUCUGAGUAGUGUUGGUGGAGGAGGCCGGAGCUGCGGUGUGAGGUGGAGGCUCAACCACACCUGCUGAAAUAGUUUAAGGACAUAAAUGUUUAUAAUAACAUCCAAAGUAUGUCAGUGUUUUUUACACGCAGGGAGUCUCCCUUAUUACUAGCGUGUGUAUCCGGAACGAGAUGACGCUACUGCGCAUGUCCACGCAAUCAGCUGCUGAGCGGAGAAGGCGGGGUUUGUGACGUAGCAGGAAGCGUUAAUCACGCGUGUGUGUGCGUGUGGAGAGUUUCACAGUGAGUACUUAUUUGUCUCGUUUUCCUCUUUUUAAUUUAUUUUUUCUUUUAAUCUGAAAGGUCUUCGCAGACCGGAAGCUUCUGUUAGCAUCAGGUCAACGGUAGCAGCCGCGCGGGGCGACACGGACACGUGUGUGCGCGCUCUCGUGUCGAACUUUAAACACGCCGCUCUGUGGUGGGUUCAGCUCCUCGUGGGCCUGACUCACAGCUGACUGAAGUUUGUGGACACACGCACACCUCUGAUGAUGUCAUCAUCCGAUGAACAGUUGUGUCGGAACAGCUCCAGCGACAUGACGUCAUCACCGCCAUCCCGCAAACGGAAACGUCAGAAGGCUCAGCAGCCAUGGGCUCCACCCAGUGACGGGACAGACGGGACCCCAAAGAAGAAGAAGAAGGAUGGAGCAAAGGAAACGGGACGUGGCGGCAUCAAGACCUCCUCACUGUUCAAACAUAACCCUGACAUCCCAGACAUCCACAGACCAGCCAUCACUCAGCUGAAGGAGAAGAUUUUUACCUCUGACUCGUUUUCAGAGCUCGACCUGCACCCUCACUUGGUGGCCACUCUGAACAAAGUCAUGAAUAUUUCUACAGUCACCAGUGUACAGAAGCAGACUAUCCCAGCUCUCCUGGCGGGACGCGAUGCUGUGGUCCGCUCUCAGACAGGAUCAGGUAAAACUCUGUCCUACGCCGUCCCGCUGGUCCAGAGUCUUCAGUCGAUCCAGCCGAAGGUCAGCAGGUCAGAUGGUCCUCUGGCUCUCAUCAUCGUCCCCACCAGAGAGCUCGCCCAGCAGACCUUCCAGACCUUCCAGAAACUUCUGAAGCCGUUUACCUGGAUCGUCCCGGGAGUCCUGAUGGGAGGAGAGAAGAGGAAAGCGGAGAAGGCCAGGAUCCGUAAAGGAAUCAACAUCCUGGUUUCGACUCCUGGACGUCUGGUGGACCAUAUCAAAAACACCCUGAGCAUCGCCUUCAGCGCCGUCCGCUGGCUGGUCCUGGACGAGGCCGAUCGGACGCUGGACCUCGGCUUUGAGAAGGACCUGACGGUGAUAUUAAACAGCCUGAACUCUGCGGGACCAGCCCGACAGAACGUGCUGCUCUCUGCGACGCUCACAGAUGGUGUGACGCGGUUAGCAGACGUGUGUUUAAACGACCCGGUCAGCAUCCACGUGUCUGGCGCUCCCUGCUCUGACCUCACCACCACCUCCGCUGUAACACGUGACCCCGAAGCAGCCAGCCAAUCAGAGAGCUUUGCUGUGCCUGAGGCUCUGAAGCAGUUUGUGGUGGUGGUUCCCAGUAAGGUCAGACUGGUCUGCCUGGCUGCUUUCAUACUGGACAAAUGCAAGUUUUCUCAGAACCACAAACUCAUCGUCUUCAUCUCAAGCUGCGAGGCCGUCGAGUUCCUUCACUCGCUCUUCACCGCUGUCCUCUCCAGGCCCUCAGCCAAUCACAAACCUCUCAGGUUCCUGCGUCUCCAUGGCAACAUGAAGCAGGAGGACCGCACGGAGGCCUUCCAGCAGUUUUCGGCGUCGCAGUCGGGAGCGCUGCUCUGUACGGACGUGGCAGCCAGGGGCUUGGACCUGCCCCAGGUCACCUGGAUUAUUCAGUACACUCCUCCCACCGCAGCGGCCGAGUACGUUCACCGCGUCGGACGCACAGCUCGGAUCGGAGCGCGAGGAAGCAGCCUCCUCUUCCUCACCCCCGCUGAGACCGCCUUCAUCACUGAGCUGGCCAAUCACAACAUCAGCCUAUCAGAGAUGAAGCUGCAGGACAUCCUGUCCAGUCUGAUGUUCGAUGAUGUCUACAAGGGGCGGGGCAAGUACCAUAGCAAGAGUUCGUCCAAAGCUCUGGAGCAGGAAGUCCGCGAGCGAGCGACCGUCCUUCAGACUGAGUUUGAGAACUUUGUCCACGCGGACGCUCGGUCGCUACAGGCUGCCAAGAAAGCACUGCAGUCCUUCCUGCGAGCGUACACCACCUACCCUGCUCACCUCAAACACAUCUUCCACAUCCGCUCGCUCCACCUGGGCCACGCCGCCAAGAGCUUCGGCCUCAGAGACGCUCCGCAGGGUCUGAGUGCCGCCUCCGGGCGCCACAGGAAGAACCAGAACCAGGCCCGGAAGCAGACCGGGAGUCCGGCCAAGAACCAGAAGAAGCUGAGUGGAAAGAAGAGGUUUGGUCAGAGGGAGGUCCGGCUGAUCCGCUCAGAGUUCUCCAGCGGGCUGGAGCGUGGAGACGCCAGGAAGAAGAAGAAGGAGGAGGAGGAGGAGUGAUGAAGAAGAGUCUGAUGUUGAGCAGCUGAGGCGAUGGUCGAUGUAUGAAAGAUGUGAUUGAUGAAGACGUGUGAGCGAGCUCCUCCUGCAUUGGCUGCUGGCUCGUCGGUCGGUGACGUGAUGUUUGAGUUUCAGACGGUCGCAGAAUAACGACCAUCGCACCGAUCGACCCUCACCACGUUUCUGUCGCUCCGAGCUGCGAGUUUGAAACCCGAGUGCUGCUCGUGGACACGCCCCCGACUCCCCGCCCUGUUCCUGACUGUGCGUCUGUGUCAUUUGUCCUUAGGGGCCACCGUACUGCGUCCCCAACAUGAACCCGUGCUAAUAAAAGCAGAUGUUUGUGUGCA